UGCCACGUCAUCGUCAUUCUUCUAUUGUGUGCCGUGCGAGUAACACGUUUUUUCGGGAAAAUGCGAGAUCAUCAGGAAAAUCAGGAGUUCGAGAAGCGUCUUGGGAAAUUGGAGAGGAAACUGAAGAAGUACAAACGCAAGGACAAGCGUUGGAAGAAUAAACGCAGUCGUGGUGGGAGAAAUCGCCCAGAACAGCGGAGCAGGGCCCAUGAGAGCAGCGGGGAGAGUAGCAGAGACAGCAGCCGAGACAGCAGUCGAGACAGCAGGCGAGGCAGCGACUGGGAUGGCAGUGCAGAUGGUCGUGCUGAGACCAAUUUUCAAUCACGAGACAGGUCUAGGUCUCCGAUUGUUGUCAGGAGUGAAUCUCAUUCACCUCCUGUCGAAAGAUCCGAUGAUCUUCAAGAACCCCUUCAGAUUGAUGAGGUUCAAGGUUCUGGCAAUGGCUCAAAAGAUCAGAUACCUUUGUCUGAGCAAGAAAUCAUGGAUAUUUUUGGUAAGAGGAUUUAUGGCGAUCGCCAGUUCGCUCCGGAGAUUAUACCUGACCUGGCAAUCCGCUGGGAAGAAAUUAUUGAGAAGGGUAUUCCUGAGGAGUCUCUGAAGGAGCUUUUGUCAAAACACACUCCGCCCAAAAAUUGCCCGAGAUUUGAGCCGCCAGCUCUCAACAAACUCAUUAAGGUUAUCAUGCCAGAUGCCAUUGUGGCAAGAGAUGACAAGAUUGUCAAGAGACAGCAAAAGAUUACUUCUGCUUUGUCUGCUGUAGCCAAAGCUACAGUCAAGUUGUUGAGAGAGAAAAAUAUUCCUGUAUGGAAAGAAAUUAUGGAGUCAUUGAUUGAUGCAAGUAAAUUGCUUGCUGAUCUUCAACACGAUGAGUCUGUAAUUCGCAGAAAUCUUCUGAUUGGAAAUGUGGAUGUGUCUAUGAGAGAUACACUCCAAUCAAUGACAAGUGAUGAAUUCCUGUUUGGGAAAGAUUUGGAGGAAACUGUUAAAUCCACCAAAUCCAUGCAAUCCACUGGAAAAGAGUUGAAGAAAAAAGAAAUAUCCAAGUCAAAAAACUGGAAGGCCCCGCCUCGCAUACAGCAGAAGGGUUAUGUGCAGACAGGCGGGUCAUCGAAGUCAUCGAGGAAGAAUCAGCAACAUCAACGUCAGCAGCAGCGACAGCAGAAAUCCGAGAAAUACAAAAACAGCAAGAAAUCAACUCAUCGACAUUAGACAAUGUAAGAAAGCCUGCAGGGCGCCUGCAGUUUUUCACUCAUGCUUGGAGGGUCAUAACCAAGGAUCACGUAAUUUUUUCUUGGUUAAAGGGGUACAGAAUUCCUUUUAAUUAUUAUGUUAUUCAAAAUAAUCCUCCAGCAGAGAGUGUUUAUACAACGUCUGAACGUUGUAAUAUUCAAGAGUUAAUUGAUCAGUUGAUUUUAAAGGGUGCUGUAGAGAAGUGUUCGUAUGUUGAAGAACACUUUAUUUCCAAAAUAUUUUUAAUACCUAAGUCUGAUGGUUCAAAUCGUUUUAUCAUCAAUUUGAAACAACUUAAUCAGUUCAUAGAUGCUCCACACUUUAAGAUGGAGGACGGUAGGACCGUCAUUAAGCUCAUGUCAGAAAAUUGUUACAUGGCUUCCCUUGAUAUAAAAGAUGCUUACUAUCAAAUACCAAUUCAUGAGUCACAUAAAAAAUAUUUGCGAUUUACAUUCAAUGGAGCACUUUACCAAUUUACUUGCCUACCUUUUGGGUUAAAUACUGCUCCUUAUGUUUUCACGAAAGUUAUGAAACCCGUAGCUUCAUUUUUACGUCAACAGGGAGUUACUCUGGUAGUCUAUUUAGACGAUAUAUGGAUAAUGGGCAAGUCUCUUACUGACUGUGAAAAGAAUGUAAACCUGACAGAAAAUCUUUUGAAAACGUUGGGAUUCAUAAUUAAUUAUGACAAGAGCCAAUUGAAACCUUCAUGUAUUUGUCGUUUUUUGGGGUUUAUCUAUAAUUCAUUAAAUAUGACUGUAGAAUUGCCGGAAGCCAAGAAGACAAAGAUACGAUGCCUGGUCCAACAAUUUGAAAUUAAUCAUCAAUAUAAGAUCCAAAAAUUUGCUGAAAUGCUUGGAUUUUUAGUAUCAUGCUGUCCAGCAGUCAAUUACGGUUUGGUAUACACGAAGGCUUGUGAAAGAUUAAAAUUUCUGGCUCUUUUGAAUAAUAACGGAAACUAUAAUGGAAAAUUGACAAUAAACCAGGAAGUUAUAGAUGAGCUCACAUGGUGGAAAACAGUUGGCUCUUCAAGCUUCAAUCCGAUUCGUUAUCCUUACUAUAAUGUAGUGAUAUUCACGGAUGCUUCCAAAUCAGGCUGGGGGGCUGUUUGUGGAAAUGAAAGUGCACAUGGUGCAUGGAAGGAUCACGAAAAGGAUUUAAGUAUUAACUUCUUGGAAUUGACCGCUGCAUUUUUCGGUUUGAAAUGUUUUGCCAAUGAUCUUAAAGAUUGUCAAAUCCUUCUUCGAAUUGAUAACACAACGGCGAUUUCAUAUAUCAAUAGAAUGGGUGGAGUUCAAAUGAAGGAUUUGAGUAAUUUAGCAAAAAAGAUAUGGCGAUGGUGCGAACAGAGAAAUAUUUUCAUAUUCGCAUCAUAUAUAACAUCCGAAGAAAAUGUUGAGGCUGAUUUUGAAUCGAGAAAGUUGGAAUCUAAUACGGAAUUUGAGUUAUCUGAUGCGGGAUUCCAAAAAAUUGUCGGAAAUUUUGGAUAUCCGGAAAUAGAUCUCUUUGCAUCGCGUUCAAAUGCGAAAUGUCAAAGAUAUGUUUCUUGGAAAAGAGACCCGUAUUCCAUUGCAAUUGAUGCGUUCACAAUUCCCUGGAAAACAUAUUUUUUCUAUGCUUUUCCUCCAUUCUCUAUAAUUCUUCGAGUCUUACAAAAGAUUCAGUAUGAGAAAUCCGAAGGAAUUAUAAUUGUACCUAAUUGGCCUUCUCAGCCUUGGUACCCAAUUUUUCAGUCAAUGAUCAUUUCAGAUAUGAUUUAUUUAUCAGCUGAUACUUACAUUAAUCGUUUUAUUAACAGAGAAACCAGUUUCUGGAGAAAGAUUACCCUGGUUGCCGCGAUUAUAUCAGGGAAAGCUGUGCAUUAAAAGGGAUUCCUAAGGAGUCUCACGACAUCCUUUUGUCGUCAUUGACGGAAUCAUCGUGGAAGCAAUACGAAGUGGGCCUAAAGAAAUGGUGGACAUUUUGUUCCAACACAAAGAUAAAUCAAUUUAACCCUACUGUUCCAGAGGUUUUGAAAUUUUUAAGCGAAGAAUAUAGUAAAGGAGCAGGUUAUGGUACACUUAACGUGUAUCGUUCAGCAUUAGCUUUAUUAGCUGGACCAUCAUUAGGUCAAGAUGAUAUUGUGAAGAGGUUUUUCAGGGGAGUUCGUAACGUAAGACCAAAUAGACCCCGAUAUGAUAUAACAUGGGACCCACAGAUAGUGUUGGAUUUUUACCGUCAAUUGCCGCAAAAUGUUGAUCUUUCUCUAAAAGAUUUAUCAGAAAAACUCGUAAUUUUGCUGGCUUUGGUUACGGGACAUCGAUUGCAGACAUUCUCUCUGAUGGAAGUGGAUCAGAUAAGAGAAAUGUCCGAUCACAUUGAAGUAAGAAUCCCGCGUAGAAUUAAGACCUCCAAAUCAAGUGAGCAUCAACCAAAUCUCAUUCUUCCGUUUUACAAUGAUGAUAAGACCAUUUGUGUUGCAUCAACCUUGAAAUUGUAUCUAGAGAAAACAAGGUUGAUCCGUGGAGAUGUAAAAUCUCUUUUCAUUUCAUUCAGACGACCACAUAAGGCUGUAGGGGCUCAAACUUUGAGCCAUUGGAUUAAGAACAUUUUGAUGAAGUGUAAGAUUGAUGUAUCGAUAUUUUCUGGGUAUUCUGCCCGACACGCCGCAACAUCUGCGGCCAAUAGACUUGGGGUAGAUAUUGAAAUUAUAAAGAAAACGGCUGGCUGGUCGAAAAAAUCGCAAAUAUUUGCGAAGUUUUACAAUCUACCGCUCGUCCAUGAAAAGGACAGAUUUGCUAAAGCUAUCUUAAAUAGAAAAUAAUGAAUUAUCCUUAUGAUGAUCUCUUUACUGUUGUUAAAACAAUUCUGAAGUCUCAAAAUUGAAAUAAAUUUAUAAUUAUGUACAGCC